GCAGUUCUGAAUUCUAAACUAUGACUACGGGGAAGAAGAAUUUGAGCUCUUUAAUUAAAAAAUAUAAGUGUUUUGACGACGUUCCGGGGCCUCUUCGAUUGCCUGUGAUCGGAUCUUUGUGGAAAUACUUCCCGACGAUCGGGAAUUACACUUUCAAACGGCUGCAUGUCACUUCGAAGUUGCGUCGUGCGGAAUUUGGAGAUACGGUUCGUGAACGCCUCGGAGCAACGGAAAUCUUGAGCAUCUACAAUGUUGAAGAUGUGGAGAAAGUUUUCAAAGAAGACGGGAAAUUUCCAAGACGGAAAAGUCAUUCUGCGUUGGCGAAAUACAGGAACGAGAAUCCGGAGCGAUACAACAAUGCUGGACUACUUGCAGCAAAUGGCGAAGAAUGGUGGCGGAUCCGGUCAGAAUUGCAAAAGCCUCUCGCAAAAAUUAGUUGCAUUCGCAGCUACCUUCCACAGAUGAAUGAAGUUGUGGAAGACUUCACUGCGAAGCUUGGGAAAAGCGAAAAGCUGGAAGAUUUACUUUCCCGACUGUCAUUGGAGAUUGUCGGGGUUGUUUUUCUCGAUGUCCGAUUCGGUUGCUUGAGCGAAACGUCUAGGGACCGAACUGACAUGAUCAUUGCUGCGGCCUUUUCCAGUUUGGAUUGUGUUAUGAAAACUGAGUUGUCUUUCCCAUGGUGGCAGUGGUUUCCGACUAAAACUUACAAGCAGCUCUGCGAAGCUCAAGACUUCCUAUAUGAUGUGGCAGUGGAGUUGGUUUCCAAGAAAGAAGCUGAACUUAAAGCUAAGCGAGCAGACGAACAAAGCAUGUCUGUCUUGGAGGACUAUUUGUGCAACCCUCGCCUCGACCGGAAAGACGUCGCUUCUAUGAUUUCGGACGCUUUAUUCGCUGGAAUCGAUACGACUGCAUUUUCGACGAGCUUCUUGCUGUACUUGGUUGCGACUCAUCCUCGAGUGCAAGAGAAACUGUUCGAGGAAAGCAAAAGGGUUCUGCCAGAAAAAUCCUCGCCCUUACGCGCUGAAAGUUUAUCCAUGAUUCCGUACACUAGAGCAGUGGUGAAAGAAAGCAUGAGGUUAUUUCCCAUUUCGAUUGGCAUCGGACGCUUGGCUCACGAAGACGGAUCAACAACAUUGUCCGGUGUUGAGAUUCCUGCGAAUACUGUCUUGGUCACGCAAAAUUUCGACAUGAGCCGACAGAAGGAGAAUUUUUCUGAACCCUUGGAAUUUCGACCCGAACGUUUCCUAAAAGGAAAUGCGGAGAAGUGUAAUCCCUUCGUUUCUCUGCCGUUUGGACACGGCCCGCGGGCGUGUAUUGGAAGAAGACUUGCGGAACAGGAAUUAUACCUGAUCUUGUUGAAGAUGGUGCGGAAAUAUGAAAUUUCUUGGCCGUCUUCGGAAAAGAUGGAUUGCAUUACUCGGCUCAUCAAUGCCCCCGACGUUCCAUUAACGUUCAAGUUUGAUGGAAGGGAGAUGCCAGAAUCGAGUGUCGCGAUACACGAUGUUUGGUUCCUGAAACCAACGAGAGGCUGUGUCGUGAAAUGUGUUUCUGCCGAUGACAGUUCCGAUCGUGUUGCGGUCGUUCGUGCUUCUGGCAAUGUAGAGAUCUGGAGAGCCGCCUCUAAUCCUUAUCAUGAAAUUACGUUACACCCAGAUUUAACCCGCGAGGAAUUGGCGCCAAAACCGAACGAAGUUGCGGAGGAGUACGAAUGGGUUACAGCAGUCCUCUGGUGUAGAGGUCGUUUAUUCGCCAUCGGGACUCAUGGGUUCUUAUUUGAGCUGCUUCUAGACCGAUUUCAUUGCGUUGGCCAUUUCGUGGGGGUUGGAUUUGGAAUUCCCACGUGUUUUGCAACUAAUGGUUUUGAAAUAGUCGCUGGGACGCACAAUGGCCAUACUGUUCUUCUGACGCUCACCGAAAACGCUCCGACAAUUGAACGGAAUCUGGCCGAGCUGGGAUCAUGUCGUGUAACGUGCGUUGCGUUGUGGCAAAAAGUCGUCGUUGCAUCCAUGUCGAAUGCAUCGAUCGCUGUGAUUCAUCUGGAGACCCGAAGGGUGACCUGGCUUUCGAAGCCUGUGCCUCGGCAAAGCGUCGACGCUGUGGUUUUCUACGAUCGCAACACAGUCGUGUCAGGUCAUUCGGAUGGCAAAGUGGUGAUGUGGAAUCUAAAUACCAUGUCUAUUUUGCAUUCUUUCGAAUCCUUCCGAGCUGGCGUGACGUGCCUUAGUGUGGUACCUUCGAAGAUGGUUUUCGCAUCUGGCGUGGAUCCCGUUAUCCAGUGUUUUUCUCCUAGCGAUCGCAGUGGACCUGCCGCAAAACAGCGACGAAUUAGAUCACAAGAAGCCGCGUCAGAUGCAAUAAUGCGAAAUUCUUACGCACCUCCGUCAUGGAUUGCUACUCUGGGGCUGAAAUUUCACGGUCGUCACGUAACAUCUUUGUCGUCUUCGAGAUCAUGGACAGUUUCCGGAUCGGCGAACGGAGAAUUGUUCUUUUUCCGUGCUCCGAAUUCAUCGUGGCUGCAAGAACACAUUCAGAAUUUUCCCGCACUUCCGGAUGAGUCUGAAAUCUGCUUGUUGAGAUCCAUACGGUGUUUACUAGCGAAUUCGGAUGGCAACCUCAUGGUGUGGCCCUUAGAUGCGGUUGAUUUUGAAGAAAACAUGGGCACUGGUAUCGGAAUGGAUGUACUUGUUCCUGAAAGGUUGCAGAGAACUUCCAUCGCAUUCCCAAAAGGUCGGGAACGAAAAACCGGAGGAGUAUCGGGAAUCGCUGCCCUGGAGGAUGGAUCAGUUAUCGUCCGUUUGGUUGGAGGUCACCCGAAUUUCUACUCUUGGGAGGGUCCGACGAAUCCCACCAAUGCGAAGAAAAUGGCCAUUGACGAAGAAUCUAUAGAGAUAUUCCCAUCUCAAAGAAUAUUUUCGUUCAGGGGUGGAUUCCUGUCCGUAACUGAUGUCGGUGGUGUUCAACUGAUUUCAUGUGACGAUGGGAAAAUCACAGCGUCACCUUUUUUCGACGUGCUGCGUUUGAAAGAUGAAGGCCUGAGCAAUACGCUGUGCACGGCCGCCGCGGUUGCGGAGACGUCAUGCACUGCUGCGAUCAACUCAGUGGAUGGCAGAACUUACGUCGUCAACCCGGUCACGCAACAAAUAGUGUUCAAAGUCCCGAGGAUUCAAAUACCAAUAACUGCCCUCGCGUUCAAUCCCUUGACGUCGAACCUAUUGGCUGCGUUUGCGAAUCGCAGUAUUCUCGAGUUUGGGAGCCAGUGUGAAAAGGACAAUAAUCUGAUGACGGAGUGGAGCAAUUCCUGGGUCCCGCCGGAAUGGUGGAAACUCAGACCGGGUCCUGCAGUGAGGAAGGUUGUUCCGAGCGGAGAAAAGGCGCUGAUCUGUGACGGCGAUACCAUUUUCCUUCUGUCUCAAGAUAUCAGCAGCCAUCAAUUCGCGGAUAUUCCAUGGAACGGACGGGAAAUGUCUGUCGACGUGUUCCCAGUUCGAGCUAUUGUGAUCGUUGCAGUGCUUGCGUGCGCCAUUGCGUUUCUAAUAGUUUUUUUGGUGUUCCGAGCGUUGAGAGGUCGUUCGGGGUUCCAACGGACUGUGAAAGCGAAUUUGGCGGAUUUUGGAGCUACAAGAAGUACGCGGCGGUGUCAUCUGGUGGACAAUGAUUCGGAUAAUGAAUUAUACGAAGGAGAAUCAAGUUUGAAUGGAGGCUUGAGUGCAGAAACCAAGAGGAAGAUAGAUGUUGCAGUAUUUGACGCGGAAAGUUGUAGUUGGGAUCAGGAUGCAGCCAUGCUGAUGCCCUUGUGUAUAGAUCUGCUCAACUUUUCACUCGGUUUACGCCGGCCGCGGCGCAGGCGGCGCUUCUUCCUCGGGCAAAUAGAGCUGGUGCAGAUCGAUGGUUUGGCAGUGUUGAAAAUUAUCAAGCACUGUCACGAGGAAACCAGUGGAACUUUGGACGUUGCACAGGGUGUGCUUCUCGGUCUGGUUGUCGACAACAAGCUGGAAAUCACCAACAGUUUUCCUUUUCCUCGGCAUCCCGAUGAAACCAUGGACGAAGAGGAUUAUCAACUGGAGAUGAUGCGUAACUUGAGGAAAAUCAAUAUUGAUCAUUUCCACGUUGGCUGGUACCAAAGCACGCAGCAAGGAAAUUUUCUGUCGCCUACAGUGCUUGAAUCGCAGUUCACGUACCAAAUGGCGAUCGCAGAGUCUGUUGUACUCAUUUACGAUCCGGCGAAAACGUCGCGGGGAUUUUUAUCCCUCAGAGCAUUCAAGCUCAGUCCAGAAGCCGUCAAACUUUACAAGGAAGAAGACUUUUCGCCAGAGAAGGUGAAGAACUUGCAAUUGUCCUUCGAACACCUGCUCAAGGAAAUCCGAGUCGUCAUCAAGAACUCGCACUUGGUGAAUGCGUUGUUGCUGGAGCUGCAAGAAGCCAUUCCGCCGACUGAGAAGCCGUGUGACUACUUGGACCUUGGCACCACCGGCGUUUUGGAGAAGCAUUUGAGGAACAUGAUGGAUUGUGUGGACGAAUUGGCGCAGGAAGUCAACAAAUACAACCUGUAUCAGCGCCAAGUCAUGAAGCAGUUCCAGAUGAAGCAGCAGUUUAUUCAACGCAGGACCGUUGAAAAUGAGGCUCGGGUUGCGAGAGGAGAAGCCGCGCUUCCGGAAGACGACGUGAACAAGCAGUUCAAGCCGAUCCCGUCGCCGUCCCGCAAAGAAGCAUUGAUCACCUCUGGUCAAGUUCUCAGUUACUGCGACCAAAUCUCACAGUUUUCUUCGCAGGCUCUCGGAAAAUGGUUUUUAUCCGAGUGUUUACAAGAAGCGCGAUCCAAAGCCAACUGAAAACGCCCCGAAGAAUUAUGCAUCUGAAGAAAAAAACAUUCAUAAGGACCCUUGUAUCAAUAAAAACAAUUCUCGGGAGGUGGAUA